AUGUCCCUCUCAAAGAAUCCCACCACGGCCGUCUCUGCGCCAGGCAAGGUGCUCCUAGCUGGUGGGUACCUCGUCCUGGAUCGCAAGUAUACAGGUAUAGUCUUUGGCCUUAGCGCGCGCAUCAACGUCGUCGCCGCUGAGAUAGAGACCAGCCCUGGAGUUCAGCUAUCGGAAAUCAUCGUCGAAAGCCCUCAGUUCAUUGACGCGCAAUGGCGAUACGGCUACCAUCUGGCCGACGAGGAUGGCGGCAUCAAGGCCACGCAGCUACAAGUUGGUGACACAAUCGUCAAAAACCCAUUUGUCGAAACCGCACUAUCCUACGCCCUCACCCUGAUAUCCAGACUUGCCAAGCACGGUGCCAAGCGCAGUCUGAACCCAGCACGCCUGACCAUCCUCGCCGAUAACGACUACUAUUCCCUACCCGCCGAUGCCCCCACCACGACGAACCGGUUCGCCCGCUUCCCGACCACGCUCUCCGGUGCACACAAGACGGGUCUUGGCUCGUCCGCCGCGCUCGUCACCUCCCUGACAGCCGCGCUGCUGACGCACUACCUCGAGCCGCAGCUGUUCGACCUCGCCACGGAACAGGGCAAGGCGACGCUGCAUAACCUCGCACAGGCCGCGCACUGCGCCGCGCAGGGCAAGGUAGGCUCCGGAUUCGACGUCGCCGCCGCCGUCUACGGAUCUUGCAGGUACCGACGCUUCAGCCCCUCGGUGCUCGCUGACAUGCCCGCGCCCGGCGCCCCUGGCUUCGGUGCCGCGCUGGAGAACCUCGUCCUCGGCAAGAUCUGGGACGUCGAGGUCGACGCCGCCGGCGUGACACUGCCGCCGGGAGUCGCCGUGCGCAUGUGCGACGUGGACUGUGGCAGCCAGACGGUCGGCAUGGUCAAGACGGUGCUGUCUUGGCGAGGUGCGAACGCCGAAGCCGCCGGCAAGCUUUGGGACGACCUUCAGGCGCGCAAUGAGGCAUUGGCCGCAGUGCUGGCGUCGGGACAGCCAGGCGGGAUCAGAGGUGCGGUCGCUGGCGUCAGGGACCUCAUACGCAAAAUGGGGACCGAGAGUGGAGUGGAGAUCGAGCCCAGCAGCCAGACGGAGCUUCUUGAUGCGCUGGAAGGUGUCGAGGGUGUAUACGGCGGUGUCGUGCCGGGCGCGGGUGGCUUCGAUGCCUUGGCACUCCUUGUGAGGGACGACGACGCUACCACCAAGAGGUUGGAGGAGUGGUUGGCGGAUUGGAGCAGGAACAAGAAGGUAAGAGUUAGACUCCUGGGGGUCAAGGGCGAGAUGGAGGGGGCGCGGAUGGAGAGCUUGAAGGCCUAUAAUGGGUGGGUAUCAGAAUGA